CCCAGCGGCAUUCAUGGGCGCUGGAUGCUGGAGAGGCAGCCUUGAGCCCCGAGCGGACCGGAGGGAAACGCAGGAGAAAGCUAUGCAACCGGUCUGACGAAAGCUAGACCGAAAGGCAGCCGUAAGACGACAGAGAGAUGAUGCCGAGGGGCAGCAUAAUAGUCCUGCUGCUGCCCGCCCUCGCGGAGGAGAGCUGGCGCGAGGACCUAGGCCUCCACAAGACCGGUCAGGAGCAGCGCCGAGCGGCUCACUGGCUCGCGGACCUCGAUCAAGCGAUUAAUUUCGACCUGGACACGCUCCCGACGGACCACGCGCUCCGGCGGUCCCAGAUUUCGGAAGAAGGCUGGGUCGCGACGCACGCCAAGUGGCUCACGCGCUCUCAAUGCGCGUACCAGCGCGAAGGUUCUACACAAUCCGGCGCCCAUGUCGAAACGACGAUGCGCGACGGGGCGAACCCCAUGGCCGCGGUGCACACGACGGACGAGCUCAAGCUCACAAGGCACCGGGAUGGCGGUGAUUAUGAUGGAGACGGCGUGGAGGACGCCCUCGACGUCUCGAUCCACCCAGUAUGUAUCGGAGAGGUCGACAUUAGUAGCGGGGGGCCCUGCCCGGACGCGCUCUGUGUCUCAGCGGAUGCGCCGUGGCCGAUUGACGUGCCGAGUCCCUACUACCGGAAAAUGGCAGUGCCGCCCGUGCUCGCGUCUCACGGUAUCGCCUGCAAAGCGACGAACCGACGCCUUACUGAAGAGAACCCCGUCACGGGUUAUGAGUACGACGUCGACGGCACGUUACUGAUCCGCGGAUUAGUAAGGGGUCCCGACGGCACGCCCGCAAAGCAUGCACUAAUAGAACUCUGGCACGCGGACCCGUUCGGACGAGCGCCCUUCGGCGGCCUCACGCCGCUGGCCGAGGCCCAUGAUGAGCGAGGCACGCUGCCGAUGGACCGCUACUCGCUUGGUGGUGGAGGCUGCCACGUCGUCGUAAGAACGAAUGCCGCGGGACGCUUCUCCAUCACUACAACGGCGCCGGGUGCCUACGGCCCGCCGCAGCACUUCGAGAUGUAUAUUUAUGGUGCGGAGGGCUUCGCGCCGCUCUACACCAAGGUCUACCUGGGCGACGACCCCCACCUCAGAACGUUAGGCAAGGACAAUGUCGCGUCCUUGCUGCGGGACCGGCGCGUCGUCACGCCGCAAUUCUCCUUGAAGCCGACGGCGCAGCCAUCGCAGUCGCCGACCCCCGACACGGCGGCGCCGACGGCCGAGUCGAAGGCGCCCACGUCAACGCCCACCAUCGACACGGGCGUCGCCCGCCACGCCUUCGACUCGCAGAACGCUACUCUGGACGUCGACGUCGUCCUCCAGACGGCGCCCGCGUCGAGCAAGGAUUUCGCGGGGACCUGGUCCGACGGUCUCGGAUUGAUUCGCGUCGCGAGCAACGGCGUCCGACUCCUCGCGUCGGAGUACCCGUCUCCUCGUAAAUGGGGCGCGCUCGGGGCGACGCACACGACCGCCUAUGCGUUGGGCGACGCGACGUUCCGCGUGUCGGGAGCGGUCACGGGCGAGCUCUUCAAGGGCGCUACCGAUCUUAUAAGGUGGAGUUCCGGCGACACCUGGCGCCGCUACGACGACGCGAGCGUGAGGCGGUACCGCUACCUCCGGAUCUCGAUCAACGAAACGUUCCGGCAAAGGGCGGGGCGCAUCGUGGAGGUCGAUGACAUCGAGAUUUAUGGCGGCGUCGCCAAUCACGAGGACAAGGUGCCGCCCGUCCCGCUCGAGGGCCGCGAGCUGCCGCGGCCGUUCCGGUGCUGGGCGACGACGAACACCGAGGACUGCUUCAAGGCCUUCGACAAACGGGAGAACGCGCCCUGGCGGUCCGCCGACGUGGGGGGCUGGGCCGGCGCGCUCGCGCAGACCCAGGUGCUCACGCUAGAUGUGGGAGACGGCCACCAGCUCGCGCCGACCAAGCUGCGAGUGAAAUGUGGCGUAAGCGCGCGGCAGGCAUCCAGAAACGUCGGAUCGUUCGACUGCCCGCGCUUCGUAGUCUUGGAGGGCGCGGUCGACGGCGAAGAUCCUCUGACUGGGAGGUAUGAAUUUAUCGUGGCGCACCGCGUCCCGAACGAACCCGGCGCGCCGCCCGCGGCGUAUGGCGGCAGCGGCCUUUUGAUCGACGUGGCCUCGACGGCGUGGCGGGGCCGGCCCGCGGGGGCGAGCUGCGGCUCGUGCGCGUCUCGGAGCGGCUGCGCGCGCAACGGGCCAGACCGGACUUGUGAAAGCGCGUACUGUGGCGCCGACGGGACGUGCGCCGCUUCUAAGCCGACCUGCGGCCUGGGUUCGGAAAUGGUCAGCCGGUCGCCCGACGACUUCGGCUGUCAAUUGUGCCAAGCGGGCCGGUUCUCGGCGACGGUCGACGGUAGCUGCGACGGCACGUGCGAGGCCGGGUUCUACUGCGCGCCCGGCGCGCGGUCGGCGCGGGACGCGCCCUGUCCGCGAAGCGGCGACGUCUUCUGUCCGCCCGGCUCGGAGCGGCCGCGGCCGGUCGCGGCGGGCUUCUACGCUCUCUACGACGGCGCGCUCCCGGUGGGCGAGGCCGCGUGCCCGCGGGGCAGCUACUGCGCGGCCGGGAAGAGGUUGCCUUGUCCGGCGGGGACGUACGGCAACGUGACCGCUCUCUCGACGGCCGGCUGUUCGGCCGCCUGUGGCGGCGCCGGCGAGUACUGUCCCGAGGGGAGUUUGGUGCCCUUGAAGUGUCCGCCGGGCUCGUUCUGCACCGGCGGCGCCGCGCCCGCUAGCCCUUGUCCACCCGGCACCUACCAGUGCAUAAGUCAAAUUGUCGCGGCGCAUCCGCUGACGCACGCGACUCACUGAUUGAUUUGCGCACAGGCACUUACGGUCGGACGCGGGGCCUGGGCGACGCGCGCUGCAGCGGGCCGUGUCCGCCCGGGUCGUAUUGUCCCGCGGGCUCUGUGUUACCGAUGGCUUGUCCUCCGGGAACCUACGGCGCAUCUCAACGCUUAAAAGACGCGGCCUGCACGGCGCCCUGUCCCGAGGGCCGCUAUUGUCCCGCGAACAGCACUUCGCCCGUGCCGUGCGAAGGCAUGAUGGCGGCCUCGGAGGGCUUCGCCCGGAGGCCGUUCUGCCCGGCUGGCGUGGGAGCCCCGCAAGCGACACGAGCAGGCUACUACGCUACUGGCGGCGUGGAAGGCGCGCGGUCGCGGGAGGCGCCGUGCGAGCCGGGCUACCGCUGCCACCUCGGCGUGCGGCAUGCGUGCGCGCCGGGCACCCACGAACCUGCGACGGGCGUGGAGGCGACGCAGGUCGACGCGGCGCAGUGCAGGCCCUGCCCUCCCGGUCACUAUUGUCCGCGGGCGACGGGCGCCGCGCUUCCCUGUCCCGCUGGCACCUAUGGCAACGUCAUUGGCAACGAGACUGGACUCACCGACGCCGCGUGCUCGGGCCCGUGCUUCCGCGGCCACUACUGCCCGGAAGGCUCCGUGCUGCCCACUCCGUGUCCGGCUGGUACCUAUGGCAACCAGACGGGGCUCACGACGGCGGCGUGCUCGGCGGCGUGUUUUCCAGACUCGACGGGGGAAUGUAGCCCUUCUCAGUGCGAGGAGGGGUACUACUGUCCCCCCGGUUCGACGCAUGGGAGAGAGCGUGAAUGUGGCGAGGGCAUGUACUGCCCGCGCGGGUCCGGCGCACCGAUGACGCCCGACGAGGGCAUGGUCGGCGUCGCGGGCGGCGGCGAGACGCGGCGCGCCGGGCAAGCGGACUGCGAGGACUGCUGCCCCGACGGCGUGCCGGCGUGCCCGGCGCCGCGGCGGGAGCUGUAUGCGUCGCACUACGCUUGAGUCUUUGUGUAAAAUGCUAGCGUAAUGAAACACUCUAGCUGCCUCAAAGGCUGGGCCAGGUAUGAUACCGAGGUACGCUUGAGGGCAAAUAGGCCUAAUACCAGAGUUUUGAGUAGUGAAACGACCCAGAUAUCGGCCUUGGUCGGCCUAAAAGCGAACGGCGCGACGGUGGAAAAUGCGACCAAAUCGAUUACUGCUCUUUCUAUGUAUCCGGCUCGCGCCGGCGGCGCCGGCGCGCGCGAGCGGUUUGAGGUCCUCGGAGGCGGCGCGCGCGAGCGCGCGGCCGGCCACAGCGCGCGCGGGCGAGUUCAGGCCCUCAGAGGCGGCGCGCGCGAGCGCGACAGCGCGCGGGAGCGCGCCGAGGCCCUCGCGCGCGCUGGCGGGCCACGACCACGAUCACCCGGUGUGCGACGAAGAAUACCGCAGCACCGUGUGUCCCGUGGCGUGCGACGCCGAUACUCUGAGAGACAAGUGCUGCAUUCAUGAAGGCGAGGUCGCCACAUUGUUAACUGUGGCGAUGGAGGCGCAGAGCCGCGCGAUCACGCCGAGAGUAGAGCGUUUUGAAGAAUGCACGGGCGGCCACGUCGAGCUCGUGCCCUUCGUGGGAGCUUGUACGGGGCUGUCGUGUGGCGGCUUCUCGGACUUGUUCGAGAUCGGCGCCGCGGCGUUGAACGACGCGCGCGGCCCGAACAUUUAUGAUGCGUACAUGACCCAGGCGCCCGACGUGCCGUUGCUGGCGCCCUACGUCGAGGAUUUAUCUUCGUAUAUCCACGACACGCCGCAGAUCGCCUGGACUGAUGUUUUACGAGAUGUCAGACGCACACAUAGUGUGAACGGUUCCCUGAAAGCCCUGCCGUUCGACUUCGAUUUUCUGAACUUGUUGCUGAGGGACGAUCUGGUAGCAAAGUACGAGGAGGAGACCGGUAGGCGCGAGCCUAGGACGUUCGAAGAUCUGGCGGACUUCGCGGAGUUCUGGUAUGGCACGGACAUCAACGCGGACGGCACGCCGGACUUCGGAAUUUGUUCGUUCAACGGCGCGGGGCCCGCGGAGGCCCUCGUCUCGCGCGGGAGCGUCGAGGACUUCUUCCCGCGGUAUUUCGACUACGAGACCCGGAACGGGACGAUACGGAAGCCCCUGUUCGGCGAUUUGCCCCGGGCGAUCAUGGCGCGCAUCGACCGGGACCAGGGCCUGGCGUCGCCGGGCGUCGACCGGUUCUUCCUGCCGGCCGCGGACCCCCUGUCGUCCCAGCCGCACCACAUGCAGCACCAGAGCCACCGGAGCAUGCACCGGCGGCGCCGCCGCCGCGGGUCGCCGCCGACGCCGCUGUCCUCAAUAUUGUCGCGGGGCCUGUCGUUUCGGUCGACGACGCGGUCCUCGUCGGCCCCGGCGUCCUCGACGCGGCGGUCGUCGACGCCGUCGUCCGCGCGGAGCUCGCUGAGCCUGCCCCCGGUGACGACGCAGCGGCCAAGUGAUGGAGACGGCCUGCCCGAGCUCACGUCGCUGCAGCAGGACGUCGCGGGCAAGAAGCUCGUCAUGGACGCGCUCGCGGCGAGCGACGGCACGCACGCCUUGGAUGUGGAGGCGCCUCCCGUGUCUGAGACGGGGGCGCGGCCGCAGAUGAAGCGCCAGGGGUCCGUGAGCGUCGACGCGGCCUACCGCGCGAUGCCCGCGCACCACACGCCCACGGAAUUCGACGCCAAGGGGUCGUCGGGCCAGUCGGCGUGGGCGGGCAUGAUGCCGGACGCCGCCGCGGCGCCGCCCACUCCCCAAAACCGGGCGAGCGGGUGGCCGGGCUGGUCGAAGAAGUGA